AUGGAUAUUCCGAGGCCUUCGGAGGGCGAUGUGGACAUCGGAACGGGCACGUUUCAGGCUUGCUGGGUAGGUGAUCGUGUCUCUUAUUUCUUGUUUCGUGGCGUCGAGUCCCUUGUCAAUGUCCUAAUCAUCCAUCAGGUCCUCACGGCAAUUGUCGGUGUCGCAUUGUUAUUCCGCUACGCCGUCAAGAUCUGGGUGGGCUGGGCUUUGCCACAGGUCACUGCCCCCGGCCGAAUCUGGGGUAUAGAGGAUCUCCUCUUCCUCGUUUCCUGGGGUUUUGAUAUUACCCAUAUGGCAUUUAUUCAACUGAGUGCCAACUGGGGUCUCGGGAGGCAUUACUUCUACUUGACCGCGGAGGAACGCUUCCAUGCAAUGAAAUGGGACUUCAUUUCACAGCCAUUGGCGGUCACUUCGGCUAUGAUCUCCCGCACGGGCAUGAUGUGGUUUCUGUUGAAUUGUUUUGCAGCCAGCGACAAAAAGAUUCGCCAGUCUAUCGUUGUCUGUGCUGUCGUCCAGCUCCUCGUCAAUAUGGUCACUAUUGUACAAAUCAUUGUCCAAUGCGGACCGAACCCAUAUCAUACCGCAAAUCGAGUUCCAUAUUUCAAAUAUAUGUGGACACCACUACCGGAAGAUGGCUCUGUCAAGUGCCAAUCACCGACAGUCCAAACAACCAUCGGUUUUGUGCAAGGAGGACUCAACACGGCUAUUGAUUUAGUCCUCGCUAUUCUCGCCGCUGUCGAGCUCUGGCAAUUCUUUCUGCGAACUCUCCACCGCAAUCCAAAUGUCUCGGUCUGGACGCAGUUCUGCAGAAUCAGUGGGUCAGUCCGAUCUCGUCGGAUCUGGCAGACAAUUACUCUCUGCGGCCCACUGCUUCUCUCCGGCUGUGCUUCUAUAGUCAAGACAUAUAAACUUAAAUCCCUCGGCGAUCGCCUGGACUUUACUUACAAUAUUGUGACCUUCGUUCUCUGGGUGAAAAUCGAAAACUACAGCAUUCUCCUCGCCUCCUGUGCUCCAGUAGCUCGUCUCUUCCUACGCGCCUUUGUUGACCGCAAACGCGAAGAGCGCCCUCGCGGCUACUGGUCCCGCUCCCGGUCGACGGCUCACGAUGACCCCGACACGGAGCUGGAACGCCGGGCUAAAGCCGACGACCAGUGGAUGGGUUCCGCUGCCGUCAAUAGCAUGAUAAACACAUAUAUCAACAAUGACGAGAAUCCCGCAUUCCAAUGGCAUGGGCAUGCUCACGAGCGCUCUCACGCCCACGUUUCCAGGGUGGAAAUGCCUGAACAUCUGGAUAAUGGGCGCGUGACUGUCAAAACAGAUAUUGUGGUCCAGGUGGAUGAUGGGAGGUCGAUGGCUUCUGAUGCGAGGUUGUUGCCUGAUAGAGGUGGAUCACAUUCUGGGGGGUAUCAUUGA